AUGUCUGCUAAUAAAGAUCUUCGAUUAAAUAAACUUCAUCGAACACGAGAAAAUAGUCUUACUGAUGUUGUUCGUGUAACAGAUGAAAAUAUUCCAAAAUAUCGACAAGUUAAUUAUGAUGCUAUGCGAGCACUUAUUAACGAAAGAAAAACAAGUGGAAAACAGGCAUUAGAACGAGUUUCAAAAUUACAAAAUGAAAGUCAUCAUGUUCGAGAACAAGCUGAAUUGAAAAUUUCUCGUGAACAUUGGCUUAAUGAACAGUAUAAAUUAAAUCAACAAUAUAGAAAAUAUGAUAAUGAACAUCGAACAUGGCUUACAGAAGCAUUCCAUGAUCCAGAUUUAUUAACAUUAUUUCAUGAAAUAACAAAAUAUAGAAUUUGGUUAGAGGAAAGUUCCAUACAAUUUCGAAAAACUACGGUUUUACCAAUUGUUCAAUUAAAAGAAGAAUUGCAAUCCAAUACAAUAACAACAGAUAAUAUUUCGGAUGUAAUAGAUGCACUUCGAGUAGUAGAAAAAGAACAAAAAGAACUAAUUUCUAUACUUGAUCAAGAAGAAAAACAACUUGAAGAAGAAUUAAAAGAAUUUCAACAUUAUAUUGAUGAAGAUGAUGAAAUCAAUAUGAUUGAAGAAGGAAUACCUGACUCAGUUGUGCAAUUACCUUGUCCAGAUGACGAAUUACGAGUGACAAUACUUCAAGAAUUUCUUAUUAUUGAUCAUAAAUAUCGAGAAACGCUUGUUGAUUUAGAUGCUAAUUAUUUAAAUAUUGUCGAGCUAGAAAAUGGUGGUUGGAAUAUUGACGAACAUGAAACAUUAGUUCAUCUUUAUGAAAUGUAUCCAGUUGAUUUAAGAAAACGACGAACUUAUAUAUACAAUCAUUUUCGUCGUUAUUAUCCUAAUCGUUCUAGACAAGAAAUGCUCACACACGAAGAAUGGUAUAAUGCUCGAACAUAUUAUCUUAAACAUAAAAAAAUGGUUCUAUUGGAAUGGAAACAAGCUCGUGUAGCAUUAAAAUUAAAAGCUCAAUCAGUAUUUGAAGAAGCAUUUGAAUUACAAGAACGUUUAGCGCAACAACAUGAAGAAAAAAUGAAACAACGUAUACUAUGUGAACAAUUAGCAAAUCAAGUACAAAAAUGGAGAGAAAAACAAUUUGAAGUAUUAGAAAUGAAAAGGAAAUUAGAAGAAUCUACACGACAAGCUGAACUUGAAAAAAUACAACAAGAAAAUGAACGAUUACAAAAACAUCGUCAACAAAUGAAAGAAAAAAUUACUGAAUAUUAUACUAAAAAGGAAGAAACUCGAGUAAUCGAGUUUGAAAAAGAAAAACAACGUUUAGAUGAAAUGCAAUCAAUGCUUGCUGAACAACAACGUAAAGAUUGGGAACGUAUAAAAUUUCGUAAAGAAGAAUAUGAACGAAAACGUCAAGAAUUACGUGAACGUAAUGAACUUGAAGCAUAUGAAGAAUUACAACGAGAAGAACGUCUUCAAGCAAUUGCUGAUCGUGUUCGACCACAUGUUGAAAUUGAUCAUGCACGUGUAUUACAGCCAACUAAAGCAUAUAAUGCUCAUCGUGGUUUAUUAACAGAUAUCAAUGAUGAUAUUAAUAUUCAACAAGAAUUAUUUCCUAUUACGACAUUUAAAGAUCGAAAAUUAUUUGGUGAUAUUCGUAUUCGUCUUGAACAACGUUUACGUGAUGCCGGUCUUAUACAAACUGAUUAUGCACGACAAGCAAUGGCUGCAUUACAACAAGCACCAAAGCGUAUUGAUACACGAGAGAAUCAAAUGUGGUCUGGUUUCGCAUUUAAAACAAAUGAUAUUGAACAACAUAAUAUAUCAAAACCAAUUAAACGAGAUUUUAUUAGUCAUCCAGUAUUUUAUGGAAUGGACAAUUAA